AUGGCAGAUUUCGCCGAUUUGAAGCCUCUUAUCACGGGCUCGAAACGCGUGGGCCGCCGCCGGCAGCGAGGCUCUUCUGGGCCAUCGAGGCCAGAGCAGGUUUCCGUCGCUUCAGACGAAAUUGCAGACGAACUGGUGAUUGCUGGCCAGAAACCAAAACCGGCCGCAGAGGUCCCGGUGCGAAAACGGCCCUCGUCCAAGUACUACGGCAUGGACGACUUUUAUCUGGAUCGCGAGGUCAUGGAUGAGCACGCGUGGACAGCGCUCGUUGGGUUUAGCGCAAUCAGGGUCGGGUCGCCGCUGCUUUUUAUUCUACACUGCACAUAUAUGCUGGCUGUUCUCUACUUCAAGCAUGGAUUUGCCAUCGACGAGGAGGCCUCGCAGACCAUACCGAAGCUGAUGCUGCCACUGCUGGCGAAUCUUGUGCUGGUGCAUGUUUUCAACAAGUGGUAUUUUUCGACAAACUACUACAAGCUGCGGGACCCGAGCUGA